GAGGACACCAGUGGAGGUUCAAGCGAGAGCUGGAGAGGAUGGGCUUCGACAGCCACAGUGCCUGGAGAAUCUCCAACAUCAACAGCAACUACAGACACCAGAGUUCGGGCGCUGUGAUUGGUCGAUGCGGGCAGCCAGAGGUCAGCUGGUGGGGUUGGCGUAAUGCUGACGAUGAGCAUUUAGUACAAGCCAUCGCUAAAGCCUGCGUCACCGAUCCGGCUGCAAACGCUGCGCAGGCUAACGGCUCCUUCCUUCACCAUCACAACAGCGGUGCGCUCAGUGACUCUGAUCCUCACACGGCCAAUGGGAGCGCAGAGGCGGAGCCAAAGACCACGCCCCCUCAGAAGCUGUUAAUAAUGGAUGCGCGCUCGUAUGCUGCUGCAGUAGCCAAUCGGGCGAAAGGAGGCGGCUGUGAGUGUCCAGAGUAUUACCCCGACUGUGAGGUGAUGUUCAUGGGAAUGGCCAACAUCCACUCCAUCCGGAAGAGCUUCCAGAGUUUGCGGACGCUCUGCGCUCAAGUGCCGGAUCCGGUCAAGUGAGUCGAC